GGAACUUUUUUUUCGAGUUGCAUUGCAACCAUUUUCGCAUUUAUGAAAAACGACAAGAUGCCUGGAAUUAAGCGCAAGUCUGCGACAAGCUCGGACGCAAAGUCAAAGGUCAAGAAGCCGAAGACCGACAGCUCUUCGAGUAAACGUCCCGCGAAACAAGAAGAUGCUCGCCCGAAGUCCUCUAAGAAAUCGAAAGUAGAGGAGGAUUCCGACGAUCUCAUUGAGUCCGAUACCAGCGAGGACCAGAAUGGAUUCUACGGUUUCGCUGCAAACGAAGAGGCGGAAGCAGGCAACUCUGAAGAUGUGGAUAUGGAUAGUCCGGAUGCAGAGAGUGGACCUGUGAAGACAGAUAACAAGAAGGCCAAAGACAAGAAGAAUUGGUCGAAGGACGGCGGCGAUUGGAAGUCUGCCUCGGCUGCCAUGAAUACCACCACCUCUCGCGAAGCCCAUGCGAAACAAAAGGCUCUAGCCAAAGAGCGAAAAGCUGGAAAAGCCAACGCCGAGAUCAUUGAGCAAGGAAAGGAGCUAUGGGAGAAAUUACGUCUGAAAUCCCAUGUAAAGAAGGAAGAGAGACACCAGCUUUUGACACAGUUGUUUGAGCUGGUAACGGGAAGAGUCAAAGACCUUGUCUUCAGACACGAUUCAGUCAGAGUGAUUCAGUGUGCUAUCAAGUACUCGACCAUCGAACAGCGAAGGUCCAUUGCGCGCGAACUGAAGGGAGAAUUCAGGCCGUUGGCUGAAGGCAAAUAUUCCAAGUUUCUGAUUGCUAAACUAUUGGAGAAAGGAGACCCUGAAGUUCGAGAUCUGAUCGUUUCCGAACUCUAUGGCCACGUUCGACGUUUAAUGAACCACCCAGAGGCUGCAUGGAUCCUUGAUGAUACCUACAGACAGGUAGCGACACCGGAACAGAAACGAAGGCUUCUCCGCGAAUGGUACGGCCCCGAAUUUGCAAUCAAGGCAAUCCAGGCCGAUGGUCCUGAUACAGCCGAUCUUGCAGCGAUCCUUGAGGCAUCACCUGAGAAACGCAAGCCUAUCAUGGAAUACCUUGAGAUUCAGAUCAAUCAAAUCAUACAGAAGAAGCUCACCGGCUUUACGAUGCUCCACGACGCAAUGUUACAGUACUUUUUGGCAUGCACCCCAGGUAGCAGCGAGGCCAAUGCUUUCUUGGAGCACCUCAGACCUGACGCUACAAUUAAGGAGGGCGAGGAGGCGGAUAACGUCGAUCUAUUGAAGAACCUUGCCUUUACCAAAUCUGGCUCACGACUUGUCUCUCUUGCACUCGCUCAUGGUUCCGCCAAAGAUCGCAAACUGUUCCUCAGGCCUUAUAAGGAUACCGUAGAGAUGAUGGCAUUCGAUGCUAAUGCCCACUACGUUCUUCUAGCAGCUUUGGCGGUCGUGGAUGAUACCAAGUUGACAUCUAAAUCCAUCUUUGGCGAGCUUCUUCCAAGCAAUGAGACGCUCUCUGAGAAGGUCUUGGCCCUCAGCAGCGACGCUCGCGCCCGAGUAGUCCUACUUUAUCCCUUCGCAGCUGAUGCGAAAUGGCUUAUUGACGAAACGACACGCGAGCGCCUCGCGGAGAUCUACGCCAUCCGAUCCUCGACAUCGAAGAAGGAUCCUAACACCAGGCUCCAGGAAGUUGCGAAGUCUAUCGAGCCUCAAUUACUCUCAUCGAUUGCGGCUCGCGCAGGUGAUUUCACUUCUUCCCGCAAUGGACUACAGAUGCUUGGAGAGGUUCUCGUAGGCGCGCCUGGCGUCGAGGCCCAGAAGCGAAAGGAGGCCCUGUCCCAAGUGGCUGAACUCUCUCAACAAAUUCUGGAUGAGCCGACUAUUGCGUCCUAUGGCGUAAAUAUGCUUAAGACUCUGGUGCACGGCGGGAAGUUCGAUCCCGAACUGAAGAAGGUCGUGCCUGUCGAGCCUGCCAUUGGAUACGCAGAUAUGUUCUGGGAUCACAUCAAAUCCGAUGUUAUCAGCUGGGCAACUGGACAAGGCUCUUUUGUCAUUGUUGCGCUGGUGGAGGCCGAGCAGUUCGAGAGGAAGGAUGAGGUGUUGAAGGCGUUGAAGAAGGACAAAAAGGCAUUGGAGGCUGCAGCAGCGACCACCGAGUCGAGUAAGACGAAGAAGAAGGGAGACAAGGCGCAGGGCAAAGGAAACGCUGGCGCAAGGAUCCUGCUCCAAAAGCUUUAGAGGCAUGUUUUAUAAAUGUUUUAUUGCAUAUAGCGAAAUUUGAAGUGUGCAUGUAAAUACCAUGCCAUGG